CAAAACUGAAGAUCAAUAUAUAUAAUCGAAGGGAACUGCUUAAGUAGUUGAAGACUGUCAGUAGAAGAAUGUAGGUGAAUUAAGCUAAAAUAUUGUCAUUGGUACUUUAUGUAUAUAUACAUAAGCUAUAAAAUGUUUUAUUCGGCUAUGCUGAUGUCAGCCUUGAUAUGCCUCCUCUCAGCAAACAUUGACGUGCGUGUUUGUCCGUCUGGAUUCCUGCGAGAAGCUGAACAAUGUUUUGUAGUCGAGUUUUCGGCACAAUACACGUUCUCACAAGCGCAAACCGCAUGCGCGAACACAAGAUCUGGCUCUGAGCUUUUGAAAAUUCGACACGAUGGUUUUAUAAGCCAUUUCCAAAAUCUUUUCCACCAUAACGGUUAUGAUUUAUGGCUGGGGGCAGAGCGAUCUCUUAAUGGAUUCCGAUGGUUAGACACUACCCCAUGCUGUGACCCAUACUGGAUCCCAGGCGAACCGAAUAAUGAGCAUGGCAACGAGCAUUGUGUGCACAUAUGGACAUUCGGCGGUAAUACAGGCCUAAACGAUCAUAUCUGUGGCGUUAAAAAAGGUUUCGUGUGUGAAAUCCAGGAAUGUAGAGUAAUAUCAAAUUGUGAGAAGCCAACUUGUUCGAGUAACGCAGAUACGAAGUGUUUGAAAUGCUACGAUGAUAACGUUUUCUUCAAGAGAACAACAGAUGACACGUUGUGUGAACGACUUUGUGACUAUGAUAGCCAUUUUUGUUGGCCUGGAACGUGCGGAUCUGGUUUGACGAAGAACUGUGUGUGUAAACCAAAUUUUGUGCGAACCAGCAAUUCAUCUUCAACGUUAUGUCAAUUGGACGCAAACCAAACUGCCGAGAUCGAAACAUGCGCCACCAGAGUUUAUAGUUCUCAUGGAGAUGCAUUCGAGUCUAAAACUAACACGUCUUCUACGGCGUGCACAUUUAGAGGGGACUUCUUUGGGAAUAUUCAACCUCAAAGUCUAUUGUACACAUUUAGAGCAUCUUUCAAAGUGAACGUUACUGAGUUCGGGCCAUUGCCCCAUUACAUAGAGGAGAGCCACUUUGGGGUUUCUGACGCCAGUGUAACAAUCAUACAGAGAGAACUAAAUGGUUCUGAAACCACAAUACAUAGCGAAAACAUGCUAAUAGACUACAAUCAAAGUCAGAAUGUCAAGGAAUUGUUCACGAAGAGCAAUACCAUAUCCAUCCCCCAAAUCACGUUACGUAAUGGACAAAUGUUGUGUUUUGUCUACGAAGCAAUCAGUGGCGGAUACCUCAAAAGCAAAAAUCAGUUCACAGAACCGCACGUUAUUGGCGAAGCAAUACCUUACUUGAAAAGAACUUCUUCAAAGCGUAUAUGUUACAAAUACGAUGAUGACAAACCUAGUCACUGUGCAGAGAAUAUGACAUGUAAUAUAGAACCAUUGCAGCUUGCAGAGAGAAUAACGAAAAAUCCACUUAUAAAAGUAUCCUUUUAUGGGUGGACAGAUCCUUUCCCAAGUGGAGGAAAUCAAACCCAAGCCUCUGGAAUUGAAUCCUUUGAAGUGUAUGUUAAUGAGGUCGUCCCACCGAACGGCACACUAAGUUCUAUUGUUUUGAGUAAGAAAGUAAACAAUACAGAAUAUUCUGUAAAUCUAAACAUAACAUCCGAAAAACCGAAAUUGUACUGUAUAACAUUAGAAACAAAGGACUUUGCAAAUAAUGUACAACAUGCAAGAAGAUUUGUGUUGUUUGACAACUACUCUUCCUUAAAGACAUCCUACGAGAAUUUGUUGAAAAUUACCAGCGCAUCGAAUACUGAACCUUACGCGUGGCAAAACCAUCACAACGACGUGUGUCUGGACUGGAAAGAUUACUUCUACAACAAAUUUUAUCAGGAAAACAAAGUACUUAACCCAAUUCAACCACAUCAUUUAAUUUCAGCUACCAGUAUUUAUGAGCAGAAUACAGGAGUUGUGCCAGUAAGUGGUACACCUAACAUCGACGGAAUUGUAGGGUUUGUUUUUCAUUGGACACGGUACAGGAAGUUUCAUUUAAAUAUCACUGGAUCAGAUGUGGUUCCAGAAUUUCAAAAGCAGCAGUUUUGUAGAGCAUUGGACAUGGAAGAUGGCGAUACAUUUUAUAUACAAAUUGAGGCUUUGGACAUUGCAAAUAAUAGGCUAGGAAGUAACAGGACAUUAUUUAUAGACAGGACCGCACCUAUAAUUGUGAAUAUCAAUCUCUUCAAAAACGGAGUAACGCAACUAUUUGUCCACAAUACCACCGAUCUUUCACGGAUGAUUUUGAAUUUUGAAACUUACGAUUCACACAGUGGAAUCAGGAAUGUGAAAUGGAUGAUAAGUAAAAGCGACACUGGAGAAAACAUAGGAAAUGGCACUAUCGGUGCAAAACAUCUUAACGAGAGUUAUUCGUGCCAAUCUGGGGUAGACACGUGUUAUUGUCCAAUGAUUGGUAAAUGCGAACACUUCAAGUACACUGUUGACCUGAAUAAACUUCAAUCACUUGGUACCCAUAUGGGUAAUCACAAUCGUAACUAUUACGUCACUUUGACGGCAACUAAUAACGCGGGAAUGUCAACUACAGAACGCAUUGACAUAUUAGUUGACGACUCGCCGCCUGAACCUGGGGUUGCAUUGGAAGGAUCAGUAGAUGGAAAUGAUAUUGACUACACCAGUAAAAGUAGCUUCAUCGUACAUUGGUAUGGCUUUAUUGACCACGAGAGUGGCAUAAAGAUGUAUCGUGUUGCAAUUGCAAAAUCAUGCCUUGCAACAGAUGAUAUUGAAACGCGACACCAAGAUGUUAUUUUGCAAUACAAAGAACUACCUUCAACGGAACAGUCAGUAGUUAUGAUUUAUAAUUAUUCAGGGAAAGUUUUCACCACUGUUGUAGCAUACAACAAUGCAAUGGAACCUUCAAAAGCGGUUUGCUCCGAUGGAAUAACUAGAGAUAUGACACCACCGCAAGUAAAAAAUAUCCGCGUGAAAAAUUCAAAAUGGCGUGAAACAUUAUUUUGUAAUGGGACGACUUCAUUUUUCCUAACAUCAAACAUGGAAAAAGUUCCGAUGACAGUUAAUGAUAAUGAUAUUCACCAAGCUUGCUUGCGAAAUAAUCAAUCGGUAUCAUAUCCUAAGGACGUCAAUCAAAUGAUUGCAUCACUUCCUACAAAGACAAUGGAGAAUGAUGAUGCGAUUUCUGAAUUUAUUUUGGAACAAAUUACACUAUACAACCCGGACGAAUUUGCAUUUAUACCAACUGAUCAAAUCCAUAUUGAUUGGGAAAUGGAGGAUGCUGAAUCACAAAUAUCUGAUUUUUAUAUUGGAAUAGCCCGCUAUGGAAAUGAUGUUCCAUCCGAUCCCACCCUCAUAGAUUAUCAACCAACUCACAGAAAUAAAUAUUUUUCCUUUCAUCAUGCAGGAGUUGGGUGUAAUGAACCAUUUUAUAUCAUGCUUAAAGCUGUGAAUAAAGCUAAUUUGCAAAGUACUACUACUAUCGGACCAUAUUUAAUUGAUAUGACCCCACCUGAAUACAACACAAUUCCAUCUGUGGAAAUAAUUGACGAUUUUAUCUAUAUUUUGUGGUCAAAAGAUACAUUUUAUGACGAUGAGCAAAGAUCGCCCAUUCAGACCAUUUUUUUCCAGUUUGGACAUGGCGACGUCUUGUUGACGCCUCUGUUGGAAUGGGAGUUCGCUAGUUCAAAUAAAUGCAUCUACGGGAAUUUCUGUUUCUCAUACCCACUUAGAAAAUUGCAAAGAGGUGACACAGAGCAAGGUUCGUUCUUUUAUGCGAAUGUUUACCUGUACAAUAUUGUCGGUCAUUUCAAAGAACUACAAACGCGGAUGUUUCAGCUACCAUCCAUGUAUCCGCCGGGAAGAGGUCUAGUAGUCGACAUCGAUCCGGACUUCAUCGAUGAUUUAAUAAAUGAAGACGUAUUUAUCCAUUUUACAAGGCAAACAUUGUGCGCACGUUGGCAUGGCUUCCAUCAUCACGAAAACAUAUCUUACGAAAUUGGUGUUAGAUCUAAAAACACCACUGCGGAUAUUAUUGGUUUCGUUGCAAGUUCAAAUACAUCCUUUGCGUGUAUUACUUCAGAAAAAAUAUGUUCUGAUACUUUGUACUAUUUUCUCGUGAAAGCGUCUUGUAGCGGAGGAACAAUCACAUCUAGUUCAAAUGGAGUACUGAUCAUUGACUAUUCAUUAAAAAGAUAUAACAUUGAACAUAGACUUAGCAAUAGCCCAUGUCGUUCAUUAAAUUACGCUACACACUUUAUGGACGGCCAAACUAAAAUCUGUCUCGUUUCUACAGUUUCUGUUGGAAGUUCUUAUACAUUUCAUGUUCAAAACACAGUUAUACCAUCAACUGCAUUUAUCGUGGAAGGAAAGAUACAAAUUAUAGAGAGAUUUAACAAUGGCACACAUGUGUCCUUUGUAACGUUUGUGGACAAACCGUGCUUGACAAUUGUUCAUGCAUCACCAGUGUCUGUUCUGGGCUUCGAACCGAAUUUAAAUAACAGCUAUAUCAAUGGAGGUAACCGUAUUUGUCUUCGAUAUGAUCUUCAAGAUAUGAUAACACAUAUUGAAGGAUAUGUGCAAUAUUCUGUCUUGGAGCGACCAUGUUAUGACAUGUAUAACUUUAGUUGCAUUGAACGUGCACACUCAUUUAAAACGUUGAAUAACACAGUUGUUGAUAACUUAAAACCAAAUUAUCAGUAUAGAUCAGCCAUCCGGAUUUGCAAUCCACACCGAUGCUCGAGCACUAUAAAAUCUAAAUCAGUUGAAGUCGACUUCGACAAUCCGGUUGGAGAAAUUGAUGAAGCAUACAUAAGCGAAUACACACAAAUGAAAGGAUAUAGCCUUACUUCAAGAUGGAAACCGUUUACGGCAAGAAGUGGAGUCGCUCUUUACACGUGGUUUAUCAGCGAUGACACUGAAUGUUUCAAACACAUCACGAACUUGACGUCUGUUUUUUCCGAUGAACACAAUUUAGUUACCAUAAGUAUUAACGAGACAGUGGCGUUGCCAGUCAAUAAAUUCACGUCAUUAUUUUUCUGCGUCAGAGCAUAUUCCAACAUUGGUAGAAUGGUCAGUGUAUCCAAAUUGAUUUCACAUAGAUCAAAACUUAUCAACAAUGUUGUCUAUGAUUUUGACAAUACAAAGGAUUCAUGGAAAAUAAUUGAAAAGUUGCUCGAAAGCCAGAAUCUCGGAAGUCAGUUUUCCUACCUUCAUGAUCAGGAAGUAACAUUUGUUCAUACUAAUUCAACAAUUGUUGGCGCCAUCUCUUACGGCAAUGCAAGGUUAAUACAAUGGUAUCUUAUGAAAGAAAGGCGAAUGCCUAAAUCUGAAUGUGAAAGUGAUAUAUCGUGCGUUAGCACAGAGACAAAUAAGAAAAACUAUGUUCUGUUUAGCAACGAUGUAAUUUGGAAAAACAUGUUUUACUUUAUUUGUGCAGAAGCGGAUGCUAUAAACAUUACGUUCGAAUAUUCUGUAGAAUAUUUGCAGCCACUAAGCGCAUGUAGCAACGGAUUUGUUAUAGACACGAUUCCUCCCUCCGAAGGAUUUGUACAUAUCACAAGUUCCAAUGAAUACAUUAUUGAAAACGAAGUAGACAUUUCUUGGAAUGGCUUCCAUGACAAUAUAGAUGCAAGACUUGUUGGUUACCCAUCCGAUAUUCGGUUCUAUGCUUAUCAAGUUGGUUCUAGAAAAGGCAUUGGUGACAUACAGCCUCUUAGAGACAUAAGACAUAAUGAAAAACUGACGUACAAAUUGACGGACCAGUGUCUAGAUGGAAUGAAAUUGUAUAUUUCAAUUACAGCGUAUGAUUAUUCCGGACUAUCGUCUUCAUCAACGUCUGAAGAGUUUAUAAUUGAUAGAUCACCGCCUUCCGUAGGAAAGGUCGUUAUAGAACGAGAUGACAGACCUGUUGUGCUGUCAAUAGGGCCGGGUUACUAUCUGAAGCUGCAGUUGCGUCUUUCAUCGUGGAUCAAACGCCACCCGAAGGCGGCCAAAUUUUUGAUGGCCACUGGAAUCAAUCAAAUGAUGUCGACUUCCAAAUAAAUAUGCACCAGAUCAUUUGUCAUUGGACGGGAUUUAUCGACAUUCAAUCGGGCAUAAGUCACUUCAUGGUUGGUCUGGGUACAAAUCCUGGAGACGAUGACGUUGAACCGAUGUUGCAUGUCGGUCUGCAAAACGACCACAACUGGAAUUCGUCCUUUAGCGCUGGUCAAAUGUAUUUCUGUUCUUUGACGGUUUGUAAUAAGGCUGGACUCUGCAUAUCAAAAGCGUCCGAUGGAAUACUGCUUGAUAACUCACCACCUAUUACCGGCGUUGUUAGAGUUGG